AUGAUCUCUGGAUACGCAGAGGAUUCAGCUGCGUAUGUGUUGUUGUCUAAUAUGUUUGCAGAGUCAGGAGAUUGGCAAGAGAGAGCUAAAGUAAGGAAGCUGAUGGAGGAGAGGAAGGUGAAGAAAGAAGCUGGCUAUAGUUGGAUGGAGGUGAAGAACAAGACUUAUGUGUUCUUGGCGGGUGAUCGAAAAUUGAACCAUGAAGAGAAACUACUUCGUCUACAUUUUCAAGACUGUCUUCCUGAUCGUUCUAUCUUUUUACCCGUGGUGUACAUGUUGCUGUUCAUUGGACACAUGAGCGGGUGUUGUCACUCGGCCAGAUUGAGAACGAACGCAGCAGGAUUAGCAUGGUCAGAAAGCUUUGUUCAAUUGCCUUAA